UGUGCGGUAGAUCACUGUGUGUCUGCAGGAGCAUCUGGGCAGAUGUGCGGUAGAUCACUGUGUGUCUGCAGGAGCAUCUGGGCAGGUGUGCGGUAGAUCACUGUGUGUCUGCAGGAGCAUCUGGGCAGAUGGGGAUGUCCCACUGUGAGGGGGGGAUGACCAGACCAGGUGCAUGGCAUAGGGAAAGACCAAGUCCAGCUCAGGCCCGCAGAGUCUGAGCAGCCCAGGAGUCGGCCAAAGGGACUGUCAGGGAGAGGCCUAGCUGGAGGUGGGGACUUCGGGCUUGGCUGGUCUUUAGAUUCUAAAAUGGUUGGGCCACCCAGGAACUGAGGCUGGUGGGAGAGAGGGAGCUCCCACUCUAUCCUGAGGAGCUGAAUUGGUGGGGAAGAGAGGCUAGGGACUAUAAAGGAGGCUGAGAAAGUGAGGAGCCAGGUGUCAUGGCACACAGGCCUUCUCCGAGGGGCCAGGUGGCAGGGAGGCCAUGGAGGACAGGACUGGAAUGUGGCCCAUAAGCUUUGACCUCAGGGCAGCUACUGUGCUGUGUAGGUGGUCUCAUAGGUCGGAGUUCUUUGCAGAAGCUUGUGGGCCACUUGUCUGCUUCCUCCACUUAGCUUGGGGCUCGGGGAGGGCCGAGUUCUUUCCAGUGGGCUAAGGCUCCCCAGCACUGGUCCCAGUUUGGCCCAGAGGAUUUGUCCAGUAUGAAUGGAUGGACAGAUUGAUAGAUGGGCCAGCUGCCAUCAGCAGGCCGUAUUUUGGAAGGGGUGUUUCAUUCAUCCGUCCAUCCGCUGUUUUUCACCUUUUAGAAUAAGAGAAACAAAAUGACAUUUGCUCCCCUGCGAGGAUCAGCCCUGUGUCUUGGGGCUGACAGUAGAGAGUCUUGGCUUUUGUCGUGCUUGAGGCCUGGCCACCAGCGUGUUUCCUCUGCCCAUUCUAGCAUGCACACUCAACCCCCGGGUGGCUGCUCUGUCUCCACCCCCAGCCCUCACCAGGUCCUCAGAGAGUCACCUCCGCGUCACUGCUCCCCUGGCCCAGCAUGCUUCCUGCCGCCUUCUCACCACCAGCAUUCCAACCCAACAUCUUAGCGUGGCAUUCAGUGCCCUGUGUCUCCCCACCUCUCUGCUCUGCAGCUCUCUUUAGUGCCCGUGGGUGCUGUUCACUAUCCCAAGCCUGCCUUGUGCUUUCACAUCUUCACGCCUUUGCUCAAGCUGUGACCUCUUCCAAGAAUGUCCUUCUGCCUUGUCCCUCUGUCCUGAACACACAUCUGACCAUAUCUCUUUCUGGCUUCAAGCCCCUCCCUUAGGCAAGAUCUGAAUGGCUUGGCCUGGCCCUGGCUACCUUCCUCCCUCACCUCUCGCCAGGGCCCACCCUCUUGUCCAGGUCCCAGGGCUGCACAGGGGAUACCCACCUCAAAGGCAUGUUGGGAGUCUCACAUGAGAUGCAAUCCGUGUGACACGCAGGAAGAGCUCAGGAAAUGUUUGGCCCCUGCCCUGUCUUCCCUGUGCCUGUCACACAGUAGGUGGACACCAGGACUAGGGUCACUGACUGAAUCAUUACUUAGAACCAGCCAGAAAAUGAUGCAGAGAAAUCAGGCAGAGGUGGUGUGGAUCAGAUGAAGUGAUCUGGGGCCCAACUAGGGUGAGGGGUGGCCCCUGCCUGACCAGGGGUCUGAUAAGUGGCAGAGAGGAUGUUCUAUGCCAGCUGUGGUACCCUGGGCAAGGCCCCCUCUUCCCAUGGCCCCCUGACCAGUGUAGUGGCUCUGAACUUGGCACUGAACCGAACUGAAGAGGAGGAAAAGACGGAUCUCCUAGAACUGUCUGAGAAGCAGCGAGGUGCAGUGGGCAGAGUCCUGGGCCAGGGCCGGAGUGAGGCAAGGUAGCCUGUUUCACCCCAUUUUACAGAGGAGGAAACCUGAGGCUUAGAGAGCUAGCAUCCAGCAUCACAGCACCGUGCUGCUUCCUGUUUCUCAUGCAUGUGGCCUGAGCAAGGUGCCUCCCUCCUGGUGCCCUCGUUUCUUCCUCCGUGAAAUGAGAGUGAAAAUUCUUCCUUGCUUGCCAUCCUCUUGAGGUUCUAAUGAGAAUGCUGGUGGGCACAGAAGAGCUUUGUAAACUGUGAGCAGUGCUAGAUAAUUGUAUGGGAUUGUCUUUAAAAUCAUUCUGAUUAUUAUUACUUCAUUUAUUCAUUUCAUUAUGCAACUCACAUUAUUGAUAACCUUUGGGCCUCGGUGCUGGGGAUACCCAGAUGAACAAGACAGGUGUAUCCAAUGUCCAUGCUCCCUGCCCCUAGCCGUGGAGCCUCUUUACCCUGGCUUUACAUCUCAGUCGCCUCCAUAUUUCUCCCUGUGGACAACAGCAGGGUUGGGACAGGUCCUGAGACUGCUGUGUGAGCAGGUGCUCACCUGUGGGGUCGCAGCCAUGUCAUCCUAAGGUAGGGCUUAUUCACAAGCCUGUGGUCAGGAUGCUUUGUCAUUCCCCUGAAUAGGUAAGGGACUGAUGAACUAGACUUUGGAGUCAGGCGGAUUAGAGUGGGAAUCUCAGCUCUCUGCUUACUUGCUGUGUGACCUUGAAUAAGUCACUCCACCUCUCUGAAUUCAGUGUCCUGAGUUGUAAAAUGGGAAUGAUAAGAGUACCUACCUGCCUUUCAGUGUCAUUGUGCCUGGCACAAGAGAGACACUUGGUAACUUGCAGCCUCCUCACUGUAAUUAUUGUUUUGAGUUUGUUCUGGGAAAGGAGAAGUCCCAGGGGUCUGGAGCAUUCAGGGAGAACUCCAGGCAGGAAGCACUUCUUGUGUUGGGCUGUAAGGGAUGGGUGGGCAGAGGGAAGGGCAUCUUGGUGCCUGUGGGUGGAGGAGCAGGAGGGCUGAUGGAGGGCAGGAGCUGCCCCAGCCGCCUCAGGAGGGUGCUCCGACCCAAACUGGCCCUCAGGCUGGGAGUGAGGGGUAAGGACGUUUGCCUAUAGAUACUGAGCCAUUUGCAUAUGGGCAUUUGCUCUACCAAAGACUAGGGUUUGCAAAGCAAAUUCCCCAGAGGAACCAGCUUGAGCAAAUCUGAUUUCUAAUUUUGACUGUGGCACCUUCGCCUUGUGGCCUUGGACAGGUUUCCUCCUUCCCUUCUCUCUGAGCCUCAGUUUCUUCACUGAUAAAAUGGUAUAAUAAUACCUCUUGUGCCUACUUUCAAGUAAAGAUCACAAGAGAUAAUUCAUCUAAAAUUUCUUUCUUAAAAUAUUGAGAUUAGAUCGUGUCCUUAUCGAGGGUUUUCUCUCGAAACCUUAUAGCUACCAUUCCAAUAGGGGCUUUUCACGCUCAUAGGAUGAGGAAAAGAGGUUGAAAGUGCUUCAUUUUGGUCUUUCCUGUCAAAAUAAACAAUUUCAUUUAAGCAACGAUACCAGUUAGGCAAGUGAUUUCCAUAAGAGAGAGCUAAGAGAAACCUGACAGGGAGCAAGGCUUAAUGGAAACCCUCUGUGAGACAUGGUCCCUGUAAGUCACUUCUUGACUUACUCUAGGGUCGCAGGAAGACAAACCUUCUGGAAGACUGAGAUAGCCCUGAAGGCCCAUCCUUCAUACUGCCCUGGUUGAAAAGGCCUUCUAACCGCACAGGCCUGCCAUGGAACUUGCCAGAGGUGAGGGCCACCAGUCUGUCACACACUUUUACCAAAGAGCCCCAGACUGCCCUAGCUUCAGGCCUCUUCGGCCCCUCCGUGACCACAGCGUUCUCAUCCACAUCGUCGUGGGCCAGGUGUUGCACGUGGCAUUGAACAACCACACGUGGCCUGUUUCUUGAAGAUAACUUUCCAGAAGUACAGUUUCUUGAGUCAAAAGGCAAUAAUCAUUUGGGUCACUGUAAAUUGUCCUGCCAGACUGCCCCUCAGAAAGGCUAUAUCUGGUGACCCCAUGUUGCCCUUCUGAUUUUGAGAAGGAUAUCUGUACUCAAAGGGACAGGGGGCAGAAGGGCAGGGAUCAGGGAUGGGCAUUUACAAAUUUGCUCCAGUCCGCCCCAGUUUGUCUCUGGACUCGGGGGCCCUUCUGUGUAGAACGCAUGGGGUUGGCACAGUAGCCUAGGGCCCUCCUGGGGGAUGGAGAUUGGUUGGCCAGCAUUGGGGUGACAGGGGUGGGAGCUGGUCGAGAGUACUCCAGUCUGGAUGUGACGUUUGCCCUGUGGGGCCCACUAAGCGGGGGGUGUCACUCAAUUCCAGGUUUUUCAGCCUGGAGAUGUGACUCCCUGGGCCAGGUGGGAGGCCUGCUGUGCUGUGAAGCGGGGGGACCCAUGGGGACAUGGAUCCCAGACAUUGGCCCCGACUUGAGUGGGCGCAGCGAAGGGGUGCUCGCCCCAGUCUGUGGGGAGGGCUCUCUUCCCGGUGACAGUCGCUCUCUUCCCGCAGGAUGGCCGAGCCUCGAUUUAACAACCCCUACUUCUGGCCCCCUCCUCCCACCAUGCCCAGCCAGCUGGACAACCUGGUCCUGAUUAACAAGAUCAAGGAGCAGCUGAUGGCGGAGAAGAUCAGGCCGCCUCACCUGCCGCCCACGUCGGCCUCGUCGCAGCAGCCGCUGCUAGUGCCGCCGGCGCCCGCGGAGAGCAGCCAGGCCGUCAUGUCGCUGCCCAAGCUGCAGCAGGUGCCGGGGCUGCAUCCGCAGGCGGUGCCGCAGCCCGACGUGGCGCUGCACGCGCGGCCGGCCACCAGCACCGUCACAGGUCUGGGGCUGUCCACCCGGACCCCGGCUGUGAGCACUUCUGAGUCGAGCGCGGGCACAGGCACGGGCACGGGUACCAGCACCCCGUCUACACCCACCACCACCAGCCAGAGCCGCCUCAUCGCCUCGUCCCCCACCCUCAUCUCAGGGAUCACCAGCCCCCCUCUCCUGGACUCCAUCAAGACAAUCCAGGGCCAUGGCCUGCUUGGCCCCCCCAAGUCCGAACGCGGCCGCAAAAAGAUCAAGGCGGAGAACCCGGGGGGUCCGCCUGUCCUUGUAGUCCCCUACCCCAUCCUGGCCUCGGGCGAGACUGCCAAGGAGGGCAAGACGUACAGGUGUAAGGUAUGCCCCCUGACCUUUUUCACCAAGUCGGAGAUGCAGAUCCACUCCAAGUCGCACACAGAGGCCAAGCCCCACAAGUGCCCGCACUGCUCCAAGUCCUUUGCCAACGCCUCCUACCUGGCCCAGCACCUGCGCAUCCACCUGGGCGUCAAGCCCUACCACUGCUCCUACUGUGAUAAGUCCUUCCGGCAGCUCUCCCACCUCCAGCAGCACACCAGAAUCCACACAGGCGACAGACCCUACAAGUGCCCACAUCCUGGCUGUGAGAAGGCUUUCACUCAGCUCUCCAACCUCCAGUCUCACCAGCGCCAGCACAACAAGGACAAGCCCUACAAGUGUCCCAACUGCUACCGGGCCUACUCGGACUCCGCCUCCCUGCAGAUCCACCUCUCGGCCCAUGCCAUCAAGCACGCCAAGGCCUACUGCUGCAGCAUGUGUGGGCGGGCCUACACCUCGGAGACCUACCUGAUGAAGCACAUGUCCAAACACACGGUGGUGGAGCACCUGGUGAGCCAUCACUCACCCCAGAGGACGGAGUCCCCCGGCAUCCCGGUGCGAAUCUCUCUCAUCUGAGCCCACUGGAGGCGCCGCCCCACCCGGCCCACUGGCAGACACAGACCCAGGCAGCACCAGGCCCCAGCUCCCUCCAGGGGCCCUCCAGGAACCACCAGGCUCUCUCACCACCUUCCCAACCUUCCAGAAAGCUUGGUCCGCAGAAGUCCUGCCUGGUCCAGUCCAGGGGCGGCCAGGCCAACUGCAAGAUUCUGGACUGUUUUGGUGGCAUCCAAAGACGAUCUCAGAGCACUUUGAACCUCUCUGUUGAGUUUUCUUUUUGUUCCCCACCCUUCACUUGCUUCACUGUUUUUUUUUUUUUUUUUUUUCGUUUUUUUAAGUUUGUUUUGGAAAUAACAGAAAAGAUAUUUAUUGGCCAGGAAGUUGGUGCUGCUAAGACCGAGAAAUUUAAAGAAUCGGACAGAUGGACGCAGAGAACCAGAGGGCAGUGUGGGACCUUCUCUUGCCAUGGCCUCAGGUCUUGAGGGAAGGCUCAGGCCUGGGUUUCUGGACUGCAAAGGGGACCCCCAGGUGGGAGGGGCAGGAAGCAGCCGGAGUGAGCCCUUCGCCCCUGAGUGCCUGGCUCGCACCUCGAGCUGUGCCCCGGGCAUCACUGAGCAGAGGGGUGCGGCAGCUUCAGGAGGCAGAAAUGAGAGGGGCGGGAGAUCCACAGGACCAAAGGGUGCAGUGAUGGGCUGGAUGGCGGGCCCAGGGAAACGGGGUGGGGAUGGGCUGGGUAAGACCUGGCCCUCCCCUGCUGCCCUGAAGACCACCCCAGUCUACCUCGGUGCUGGCCAGGAAACCUUUCGGCUACCUCUCCCACCAUGCCAGACUGUGGGCAGGGGGAUGGGGAGGGAGUGGGCCUGGGGCUGGGACCUCCCUCCAGAAUUUCCUCCAGAUGGGGGCAGUGCCCAGGGAGGGGUUAUUUGUCUUCCCUGCCAUGGAGUGAGAAUCCCCAGCCGAGGCCCUAGGCCCCUCAGCAGGGAAGGGAUCCUCGGGGAGGCAGGUCCCAGGAGCAGACCCUGCCCCCAGCCCCCACAGACACACCCCAAUCUGAAAGCCAUGCGUGUCCGUGUAUAUAGGAACCAUGUACAGAGCCCGGAGAAGCCCCCUACAUCCCCCCGGGAAAAAAAAAGAAAACUAGACAGAAACUCAUCUAUAUAUUCUGUAUCUGGAGUUCCGUUUUGAAUAUUAACUGUGUUAUUUUUAUACACUUUUUAAGCCUUAACUCGCCAUUGAUUUACCAGUUUAACGUUUCCUGGGGUUUCUUUUCCCAUGGGGUUCUCUGCCCCCACCCCCAGCCCUUUGUUUGACUUGCGUCGUCUGAUACUCAGUAUUGUAGCUUUUUGUCCGCAUGUUACUCCCUGUAAAUACGCUGUUAUACAUACUGUUAACACCCCUUUGCUUUUUCUAUGGGACCUCCAGGCCACCAUAUUUAGAACUAGUUACCUUAUUAAAAAAGAAAAAACAGUCUGUUGGCUUCUCAGUCUGCAUCUUGGAGGCAGGGAGGUGAGGGCUGGUGCCCCUCAGACACUUCAGGAAGGUAGUUUGCAUUCUAUUUAAAAAAGGGGGUGGGGAGCAAAUGAAAAUCAAAUGUAGGGGGAAAACACUAAAGGGGGCAAGAAACAAAGGAAUUACAAUCCCUCUGCUCUUUGUAUUUCUCUGUUGUGAAGAAUAAACUGUACCUGCACCCGGG